UCGUGAAAAGUACGCGAUCAUCUGACGGACUUGGCAAGUCAGCGGAUAGCUCUAGUUCAGGAAACCAACAGCGACCGACGAACAACAUGGCCACCGAAGGCGGUCUAACAGCGGAUGCUGCUGCGGGUGCAGGUGCAGGAGCAGGUGCAGGUUCCGAUGGAAUCGUCGGAGGUCCCAGGACGCCUCAGCAAAUCGCUUCGCAGAAGCGGCUGCAGGCGACGCAAGCGCAGGUGGACGAAGUCGUCGACAUCAUGAAAACGAAUGUCGAGAAAGUGCUGGAGCGUGACCAAAAGCUCUCUGAGCUCGAUGAUCGAGCAGACGCACUUCAACAAGGAGCAUCACAGUUUGAACAACAAGCAGGAAAAUUGAAGAGGAAGUUUUGGCUACAAAAUCUGAAGAUGAUGAUCAUUAUGGGCGUCAUCGGAUUAAUAGUAUUGGCCAUCAUUGUUGCGAAAUUCAUGCCAGAAUCGCAACCACCACCACCACCGCCACCCUAUGCUUAUCCACCAGCACCUCUUCCACCUCAGGGUGCAGCUGUUCCAGCCGGCGCAACGGGCGGAGCGGGCGGAGCAGGUGGAGCGAGCGGUUCGAGCGGAUCACAAACCGCUGGUGCAGCGUUAGUCGGCUCCAUGAACGGCAUUCACAGCGUGAUGUAAAAAAAUAUACACUUCUCCGUACCGUACCGUAUCGCAAUAAGAAUUUUCCGAGCUAAUCUUAAGCGAGCAGCGUGAAAUCUAUUGGCUUGAGGAGACGAGUAAAAUGUCAUGAGAAGAGGGAAAUGGAAAGAAAGAAAAGGAGGAAAAAGAAACUACGAUCGAUCCCCGAUCACUAGACGCGUGUCCACGUUGAACCGUAUCCAAAAAUUUUGAUCCCACAAUCAGCACCUGUUUCUUUUCGACCAUUUCAACGGUAUAGAAGGGAAUCGAACUUACGAGAAUCGGUGAAAUAAACGUUUGAUCGAGGAACGAACAGCUAACGCGUUAACUGCCCGCGAUGCAAUCUACGAAGACAAAAAUGAAAAUACAUAAUAACCGAUUCGCUAAGGUGUACCUCUGUUUCGAUCAAGCAAGCGCUCCAUUCUCCUUUCCGCUGCAUCUUUCGGCCGCAGUGCAUACAAUCCGAAGAGCCCUGAAUGAAAAACAUAAGGAAACACGUGGCGCAUACUAUUAGUUCCUCUGUGCAGUUAAUGUGUUAAAAUUACGCUGCAGAAUAAGUCGCGAGUUCCGUAAUAGCUUCUAGGAACAGUCUGUCUAAUACUAUAUCCACUUCCUGCUUGGUGGCGAGUACCUAGAGAACCGGUAGGGAAGUUGAUCGACCCUCCAGAACGUUUAUUUCGUGAGGAAAAGUUAGCGAUCUGUGUAGGUAUAGAUUUUUCUGUAUAUCGUCAUCGACCUCGACUAACUGGAAAUUCUCGAUUCACGUAUACCACUUACGAUAAUCCUAGCCGAAGAGUUAGUACGAGAGAAACGAAUGGAAGAAAUACGAGGGAGGACACUGUCCGCUUGUUAGUGGUCAGACAUGUGUAUUUACGUAUAUACGUGUACAUGUACAUAAAUUAUUACGA